AUGGCCGCCUCCGUCCAGGGAAGAUGUGCACGGCGUUUGACAGCCAAACUUAGAUCCUGUCUCCAGUGCAAACAACGAGCGAUAAGUCAUGGCCGUAUUCUAUGGGCUACUCAUGAUGUAGAGUUUGAUAAGGCCAAACAGCGGCUGAACAGUCUGAAAGAGGACCCUGGAAAUGUGACCAAACUUCAGAUGUAUGCUUUAUUUAAACAGGCCACCGUGGGAAAAUGCAAUGUCCCCAAGCCUGGAAUGAUGGACUUCGUUGGGAAGGCGAAAUGGGAUGCAUGGAAUGGUCUGGGGGACUUGUCACAGGAUGAUGCACAGCUCCAGUACAUCAAGAUAGUAGAAGAGUUGGUUGCCAAGGAGUCGCCUGCCUCUGAAACUAGCAGUUCAUCACCAUCCGGAAAAUUUUCAGAGCUCAUUAUAAACAACUCUAAUGGAAUAUAUGCUAUCACACUCAACAGACCCAAAAAGAAAAACGCCAUCAACUAUGAGAUGUAUGAACAAAUUCAGCAGGCAUUGAAGGAGGCUGAGGAAGAUAAGAGUGUCAUAGUGGCAAGUAUGACAGGUGCUGGUAAUUUUUAUUGCAGUGGGAAUGACUUGGGGAAUUUUGCCAAUGUGACUCCAGACAAAAUCCCAGAGAUGGCGCGUAAGGGAGGAGAAAUCCUCAAACGUUAUAUAGCGUCCUACAUCGACUUCCCCAAACCCCUGGUGGGCCUGAUCAAUGGACCAGCAGUAGGAGUGUCUGUCACUGUACUCGGGCUGUAUGAUGCAGUAUAUGCUGUAGACAGUGCUACCUUCCACACACCUUUCACUGCCCUGGGUCAGUCUGCCGAGGGUUGCUCCUCCUACAUCUUUCCCAAGCUGAUGGGUGCAGCUAAGGCCAAUGAGAUGUUAAUGUUUAACCGUAAGCUAACGGCUGCCCAAGCCUAUGAGCGAGGCCUGGUGUCUGAGGUCUUCACAGAGCAGUCCUUCUCCCGUGAGGUUCAAACAAGGCUACAGGAGAUGGGAAAGUUACCCCCUCAGAGCCUGUGGAAGUCUAAGAAGCUGGUUCGUGAUGCGGCGAGAGACACACUGCACGCUGUGAAUGCCCGCGAGUGUGAAGUACUGGUGGAGAGAUGGCAAUCUGAGGAGUGCAUGAAUGCUAUCAUGAAGUUCUUCCAAAAAUCAUGACAAAGCAAUGAAGUAGCAUAAACAAUACCACCGGAAGUGCUGAAAACAUUACCUGAUUACUGUGGUCAUUAUAUACAUGUACGCUCCUGACCUUCAUUUAUGUCUCUGAUUUGGACUUAUUUUUUGUAAU